UCUAAACAGAUGCUUCUCGUUUCUUGGCAGGGUGUGUUUGUAGGCAGCGCGGUACUUUGGCGAUGUGGAGCAUCAUCUGCGCCCUGCUUGUCGUAGUGGUAGUGUUCGUUUGCCACAGCCUAAGCCGCUGGCUGAUCAGCAAGCGCCGAACAUGCUUCGACGCUUUCCACGGCACGGGAGUGCCAACUGUCCCACUACGGAGCCUAAUCAGCGGCAAUACCUAUGAAUUUUGGAAACCCACUACCAUAAAAAGGAUCGAUCAAUGGCUGAAAGAAUACGGCGAUGUAUUUGGCUUCUUCAUUGGCGACGCACCAUUCAUGGUGGUCAAGGAUUUGGACAUGAUAAGGGAUAUAUUCGUCAAGCAGUCAAGCAAGUUUUCAGGGCGUGGACACAUGUUUAACAUGGAUGAACAGCAUCCAAUCUUUGCCAGGUACAUGAUCUUUGCGAAGGGUUCUCUAUGGAAGAGUACUCGAAACUGCAUGUCACAGUUUUUCACGUCCUACAAGCUGAGAGCGGUGAUGCCGUCUCUGCUGCACGCCCAGCGGCAGUUCAUCGGUAUACUUGGUGAGCACGCCGACAGGGGAGUCGACGUGGACAUCACCAGCCUCUGCGAGCGCUUCACAUUCGACGUGAUCGGCAAAGCGGCUUUCGGCAUCGACACGGACGUACAGCGGAAUCCCGAUAACCCUUUGUUCAAGGACGCACUCGCCGUCCUCCCGAACAUCACUACCGGCUUCUUGUAUCACCUUGGCCAGAACCUCUACCACUGGCCGGGGCUGCUUAGAACACCUGCCAAGCUUUUAGGUGCCAUUUACGCCAAUCCUCUGGCUGAAAUGACUAAGAAGGCCGCAGAAAUCAUUGUGUACCGGAGAAAAAACCCUCAGGUUCGAAUACCGGACAUGGCUCAAAUUCUUUUGGACGGCCUUGUCGACGAGGAAGCUGCUGAAGCGGGGCAAGCAGAAACUUCGCGCAGAGAGCACGGCUCCACUACCACCAGAGACACUCUACCAACUGGCAUCGAAUUGCAUGGUGGUAUUCAUUGGAGGGUACGACACCACGAGGUUGGUUCUGACUAACUGGUUUUACGUUAUGGGUAGAUAUCCUGAGGUGCAGGAGAAAAUGCGUCAAGAAGUUCUUGAAGCUUUCGCAAAAGAGGGAGACCAACUAUCUCUUCACACUCUGACUAUGCUUCCUUACUCGAACCAAGUCAUUUCCGAGACCAUGCGUUUGUACCCGCCAGUCAUCAC